AUGCCUUUUGGCCUAAAGAAUGCUCCGCAGAUUUAUCAACGCCUCGUAUACAACGCGCUGUAUGGAGUUUUGAAGAUCUCGCGAUCUAGCGAUGCCGGGGCUACAACGGAUGUGUUCCAGACAGGGAUCGCGGACGAUCCUGACCGCGAGUCAGUAGUGGGACGGAGAUUAUACAUCGACGAUAUCAUGAUCGCAGCGGAAUCGUGGGAUCAAAUGUACCGAAGAGUGGAAGAUCUGUUAGAAGCUUGUGAUAAGUGGAAUUUGUCGAUCAGUGUAGCCAAGAGUUUCUGGGGCAUGGAUAAGUCGUUCCUGGGUAGUUUGAAUUACUACAGCCGAUUCAUCAAAGAUUACGCUAUCUUUGCCUCGGUGCUCUACGAAUUACGCGAGGUGGAGUUCGCAGAACUGGAGAAACGAUCGUAUCUGAGGGAGACUAUGGGCCGGAACGACCCGAUUCUUCGAGAUCACGACCCACCGGAACCGCAGUUGACGGGAUCAGAGAACGAGAGGUGGAUCAGGGCACAUAAGGCCUUCACCACCCUGAAAACCAAGAUCGUCACCACCCCAAUCCUCCGUCACUUCGACGAGAUGAGAACACCGGUAAUCAUUGUAAAUGCCAGCGAUUGGGCGAUACCCGCUUCGUUGACACAAGAACACGACGGGAUCUUCCAUCCGGUUGCGUUCACCAGUCGCACUUUGAAGAUGAACGAGUUGAAUUACAAUGUGACCGAAAAAGGAGGUGUUGGCACUGCUGAGGUCUUGGAUCUUUACUACAAUCUGCUAGUAGGACGCAAGAUCUGGGUCCUAACGAGGCAUUCUACGUUGGCCUGGCUGCUCAAGUCGACGGGAUUACAGGGUCGCCUGGGACAAUGGUCUGCCCUCCUGGCCCCAUGGACACUCGCGAUCACGAAGUGCAUGAAGGGUGAGGACAAGACACUGGGGGCGAUCGAUGCUAGCAUUACGCCGAGGGCAACCACCGACGACGCUCUGACCGAAAUCGCUCCCCGGAAAGGAUCUCGCGAGAGUAGUACUUCUGGUUGA